AUGUGCGGAAUCAUUGGUAUAUGUCUGGGUGACUGGGACCGCGAGGAUGACUCUUGCGAUGCCGCGCAGGAGUUGCACGAGGCCAUAGGUCAGGAUGCUUGUGGUAUAGCAACAUCAUCGAAGCAUGGACGCAUCUAUUCCUGCAAAGACGCCGGCAUGGCGUCCAAGGUCUUCAAUGACGGAAGGAGAGUUAUCGACCUCCCUGGAUGGAUGGGCAUUGGUCACUUGCGUUAUCCAACCUGGGGAAGUAGUGGGCGUGCUGAAGCCCAGCCAUUCUACGUCAACAGCCCGUACGGCGUGUGCUUAUCCCACAACGGCAAUCUCAUCAACGCCGAAGAGCUCCGUGAAUUCCUGGACCACGAGGCGCAUCGCCACGUUAACACCGGCAGUGACUCCGAGUUGAUGCUCUCCGUGUUUGCAAACGAGCUCAACGAGACAGGAAAGGCACGUGUCAAUGAGAACGACCUAUUCAGCGCCUUGGAGCGAACCUACAAGCGCUGCAGGGGAGCCUGGGCCUCGGUCAUCAUGCUUGCUGGGUACGGCGUUUGUGGAUUCCGCGACCCCAAUGGAAUCCGACCUCUGGUCUGGGGCUCCCGACCCUCUCACACUCUUGAGGGUGCUAUGGACUACAUGCUUGCAUCCGAGUCUGUGGCGCUGAAGCAGCUGGGUUUCUCAAACAUUACAGACGUUCUCCCUGGACAGGCCGUCUUGUUCAAGCGCGGUUCGCCCCCAGUCUUCAAACAGAUUCAGGAGAUGGAGUCCUACAGCCCUGAUAUCUUUGAAUACGUGUACUUUGCGCGCCCGGAUACGACCAUCGACGGCAUUAGCGUCCAUGAGUCUCGUAACCUGCAGGGUGUCAAGUUGGCCGACAACAUCAUUGCAACGCUGGGCGAGGAGGCUGUCAAGGACAUCGACGUUGUCAUUCCUAUCCCAGAGACUUCGAACACGGCUGCCGCAGCCCUGGCAGAGCGGCUCAAGAAGCCGUACUCCAUGGGCUUUGUCAAGAACCGUUAUGUCUUCCGCACAUUCAUCAUGCCUACCCAGAGCUCUCGCAAGCAGGGUGUCCGUCGCAAGCUUAGCACAAUUGACACCGAAUUCAAGGGGAAAACGGUGCUUUUGGUCGACGACAGCAUUGUUCGCGGUACAACCAGCCGCGAGAUUGUCAACAUGGCACGGGAGGCUGGCGCCAAGAAGGUCAUCUUCAGUAGUUGCAGUCCGGCUGUUUUGAAUCCCCACGUUUACGGUAUUGAUCUUGCGACUCCCACCGAACUCAUUGCCCACGGCCGCUCCAACUCCGAGAUCGCCCAGCAUAUCGGCGCCGACGAGGUCAUUUAUCAGACUCUUGAAGACCUUGCGGCCUCAUGUGCCGAGCUCUCUCCUCGCGACCCCAAGACCCAGACUUUCGAGGUUGGCGUUUUCACCGGCUGCUACGUCACCUCUAUCCCUGAAGGCUACUUCGAGCGCCUCUACGAGGCCCGCAAUGGCAGCAAGAAGCGCAAGGCAGUUGUUGCCAGCAGCGGCCCUACGGCUCAGGGUUCUGCGGACUCUGGCCCGGCUGCCAAGACCGUCAAGACGAACGGCUUGGUGGCACGGUCUCGAGCUGAAAUACUGUCCCCGCCGGGAACCGGUGCGGAUAUCGGGUAG